ACACACACACACAAACAGAACGUGGGGGGAGUGUUCGUAGAAUCGGCGGGGUGUUGCGGUGGUUCGCUGGACUAUUUAAAAAAAAAAAAAAAAGCAAAGUCCAGAUGGUUAGCGCCCAGCUCACCAGUGUCUAAGUACUCCGGUGCACAAUUCUCUGUGAAACCCGUCGGAACAAGGCGCCGUGCGUGCUGCGCAAACAUGGCACCUGUCCUCCAAAGGCUGGCGGUCAUGCUUGCAACUGUUUUGCUGCAAAGUGUCUCCUCGGUUCAUCUCAAUGACACCAUCUUUGCGGUGACUGUGAGCUCCCAAGUCAGAGGAGGCGAGCAGGAAACCUUGUGCACUCUCAUCUACGGCCCCACAGAGUUCGUCACUUUGACUAUCAACCUGGACGUGGAGUCUGGCAGCGCUGUCAUCCUGGAGAAGGAAAUCAGACAGGAUUUUUACCAAUGCAUGAACUUUCAGGUCCCAGCAGUGCGCAGUAAUACUGUGGCAACCAUAAAUGUCAAUGUCAAAGGAGAGAGUGGCUCCAUGAACAAGAAGACCAAAAUCCUCAUUGUGCCCCCUGCUUUUAUCCACAUUAUCCAGACUGAUAAGCCUGUCUACAAACCUGGACAGACUGUGCAAUUACGAAUUGUUUCCAUGGAUUCCGGUUUCAUCCCUGUGGAUCGGAUGUACACUGUGGUGGAACUUCAGGAUCCCAAUUCCAAUCGAAUUGCUCAGUGGUUGGAUAAAUUUGUUGCCGCUGGAAUCCUUGAUCUUUCCCAUCCCAUAAUUCCAGAGGCACCACAAGGAACCUACGUAAUCACUGCCACCACAGAAAAAGGAGAGAAGAUCUCUCACACCUUUGACAUCAAGGAAUAUGUUUUGCCUAAAUUUGAGGUGAGUGUUCACCUCCCGAGUGUGAUUUCAAUCCUGGACCAGCAGAUCACGUUGAAGAUUUGUGGCAAAUACACUUAUGGAAAACCAGUUGUGGGCUCAGUCAAAGCGGAGUUUUGUAGGAAUGCUUUUCCCUUUUCCUGGCGUCCCUCAUUAGAAAAGAACCUCUGCAAGACAUAUAAAAUGAGAACCGAUCGCAGUGGUUGUGCUGCAGAAAUGGUGAACAUGGCAUACUUUGCCCUCAACAACAAUAUGUAUGAUGAUAGUUUUGAGGUGGAUGCAGAAAUGGAGGAAAGUGGCACAGGGGUGAUCCUGAAAGGUACAGGGCGGGCAACAUUCAGUGCCUGGAUCAGAACAGUCACUUUUGAAGAUGUAGCUCAAGCGUACAAGCCUGGCAUCCCAUUUGAGGGAAAGGUCAAAAUGACUGGUCCAGACAGCGAACCUGUGGCCAAUGAGCCUGUGUACUUAUUCGGCCCAAAGUCGGUUAACUUAACACUCACCACAAACACAAAAGGUGUGGCCUGGUUUUCACUGGACACCAGCAACUGGAGGGACCAUGUAAAUCUGGAGGUCAAGUCCAAACCGGAUGAAGACGAUGAACCAUAUGUUCCAGAUAUCCGGAAACCGGAGUACUGGACAGCUUACCACAGUGUUUCACCCUUCUACUCCAAGAGCAGUAGUUUUUUGAAGUUCACGCAGGUCAACGAGAUGAUCUCCUGUGACAAAGAUGCCGCAGUAAGAGCUAAGUACAUCAUCCAGGGAGAGGAGCUCAAGAAGGGACAGAAGACCCUUGACUUUUUCUAUUUGGUGAUGUCCAAAGGUGCAGUCAUGCAGCACGGUCAACUCCAAGUGGCUGUUCCCGUGGGUACAGUGAACAAAGGAGAGUUGUCCAUAUCCCUCCAUGAAGUGGUCAACAUGGCACCUUUUGCACAGGUUGUAGUUUACACUGUGUUGCCUGGUGGUGAGGUUGUGGCAGACAGUCAGGAUUUCCCCAUCCAGCUCUGUCUCAAGAACAAGGUUUCUGUUCAGUUCUCGUCCCUCCAAGAGCUACCAGCAGAGAAGACCACAUUGAAACUCCAGGCUGAGCCAGGCUCUUUGUGCUCUGUUCGAGCCAUUGACCAAAGCAUCCUACUGCUGCAGUCAGAGAGGGAACUCACUGUUGGAUAUGUGUACGAUCAACUCCCUCUGCAGAAGCUGUCAGGAUACUCGUAUGAGAUUGAAGACUUUGAGCCAUAUCCCUGCCUUCCUGAACCAAUCCCAAGGCCUGAACCUGAGAUGUUGGUGGCUCUAGAACGGCGGAGCAAGCGCUCACCUUACUUUGGACCAAACAAUCAGAAGAAUGAUAUUUACAGCAUCUUUAAAGAAAUUGGAGUCAAGUUCCUCACAAAUUCUGAUGUGAAGAAACCUUAUGACUGCCUACAACAUAGAAUUGUGUAUUUCUAUGAUGCAGAAGAACACUCUCCGGUUUCCUUGGCUUUCAAUGUGAUGCGAAACAGUGGUACCAUUGAGAAGAAGGAGACCAUCAGAACAUUCUUCCCAGAGACGUGGAUCUGGGACCUAGUUUCUGUUGGAGACAACGGUUUAGUGAAUGUGGAGAAGACUGUCCCAGACACCAUCACCAAGUGGGCUGCCGGAGCUUUCUGUGUCUCCUCUGUGGGCUUCGGUGUAGCGCCCACCACUGCGUUGACUGCCUUCCAGCCCUUCUUUGUCAGUCUUACACUGCCCUACUCUGUGAUCCGUGGGGAAGUGUUAACCCUGAAAGCCACCGUCUUCAACUAUCUCUCCAAAUGCAUCAUGGUGAAAGUUACGGUUGCUCAGUCUGACAUGUAUACCUUCAAGAACUGUGACGACUGCCAAUACACUGUGUGUCUUUGCGGAGAUGAGAGCAGAACCUUCACAUGGAUUGUCACGCCAACCGCCCUUGGCAAGGUCGACCUGAAGGUGAGCGCUGAGGCCCUGAAGACCAACUUGAUGUGUGGCAAUGAGGUGGCGUCUGUCCCUGACUCUGGCCGUAUUGACACUGUGGUCCGCAGCCUGUUGGUGGAGGCUGAAGGAACGCCUCAGUCAGUCAGUCACAAUGCGCUGCUCUGUCCUGCAGAGGGACCAGUGGAAAAGCAAAUCUCUCUUCUGAUGCCAGAGAUGUUUGUUGCUGGAUCUGCCAGAGCCACUGUCUCUGUACUGGGUGACCUGAUGGGCCGAGCCAUUAAGAACCUCGACCAACUCCUGGCAAUGCCAUAUGGCUGUGGAGAGCAGAACAUGUUACUGUUUGCUCCCAACAUAUUCAUUCUCAACUACCUGAAAAGCACGGGUCAACUGACUGCUGAGAUUCUGGACAAAGCAAAGCGCUUCCUUGAGAGUGGAUACCAAAGGGAGCUCACCUACAAACAUGACGAUGGCUCCUACAGUGCCUUUGGGAAAAACGAUGCAUCUGGCAACACCUGGCUGACUUCCUUUGUGAUGAAGUCAUUCGGGGGGGCGAGGCCUUACAUCUUUGUCGAUCCCAAGCACAUUUUAGAGGCCAAGAAAUGGUUGUACGCUCAACAGGGGCGUAAUGGCUGCAUCCAAUCUGUGGGGAAACUCAUCCACAAUGGAAUGAAGGGAGGUGUGAGCGACGACGUAUCCCUGACGGCUUACAUCGUUGCCGCCCUGUUAGAACUGGACUCCGACAUUCAAGAUUCUGUGAUCCAGAGGUGUUUGGGCUGUCUGAAGGAGGCAGCCGGCCAAAUGGACAAUUUGUACAUCACAGCGCUGAUGUCCUACACUUUCACUCUGGCUAAGGACGAGGAGAUGAGAAUCAAGCUAGUCAGCUACCUGCACCAGCAGUCCAGCAGGAUGGGUCGAACCCGUCACUGGGAGCGAGCGGGAGCCUCUAAGAAAGGACUGGACUCCCUGGAGGUGGAGAUCACUUCCUAUGUACUACUGGCACUACUCUCUGGGCCCUCCCUGCCAGAUUUUGGUCUGGACUACAGCUCUGGCAUUGUGCGCUGGCUCACACAGCAGCAAAAUCCUUACGGUGGUUUUUCUUCAACACAGGACACCGUGGUGGCCCUUCAAGCGCUAGCUAAAUACGGUGCUGCCACCUAUAGCGUUGGAGGAAGGACUACCGUGACGGUGACUUCAUUAGGAGGUCUGAACAAGCAGUUCAUCGUUGACCAGAGGAAUCGGCUCUUGUACCAGGAGGAGAAGCUGAGGGAUGUCCCCGGAGAGUACACGAUCAGAGCAGAGGGACAGAGUUGUGUUCUGGCACAGAUCUCCAUGCAUUACAACGUCCCACCUCCUCCUGACUUUUCCACCUUCAACAUCUCCACUAAUACCAUUUCCAAGUGCAACUCCAGCAAGUCACAGAUCAUCCUCUUUGUCCACGUCAGGUACCAGGGCAGUCGAGAGGAGACAAACAUGGUCAUCAUUAACAUCAAACUCCUGUCCGGAUACAUUGUGGAUAAAAACUCUCUGGAGUUGCUAAAGAGAGAAGUCUCAGUGAAGCGCAUUGAACUGGACGAAGGUUAUAUCAACAUCUACUUGGAUGAGCUGAAGAAAGGUAAGACAGGUGUUUACAGUGUCACUCUGGAGGAAGAUGUCCCUGUCAGGAACCUGAAAGCAGCUGUGGUCAAAGUGUACGAUUACUACCAGACAAGUGAUGUGGCCGUGACAGAGUACACAUUCCCCUGUGCAGAGAGUGAUGGGAUCAACAAGCUUUAAAUAAAUAUUGAGAAGACAACUCCUAUUCUUAUCUGGAAGACUAUGAAGAUGUUCAUCAAAUAUAGAUGUGACUCAAUUGGUGUAUUGAUUUGAAGGGAAUCCCUGUGAUUACAAAUGAUGUUCUUUCCCUUUUUCUGCAUUCCUUUCUUUUAUAAAUCUGAGUUUAUGUACUGUUGGCUCACUACAACACUGGAAAUGUUUGAAGACUUUUAACCCACUGAAACCAAGAAGAGAAAAACUUUGCAAUGUAACAUUUUAAUAGGAUUGACAAAUCCAUGUUUUUAACUAAAAGUGGAGGAUAAUAAUACAUUCAAGGUACCAAUAACUGAAUAAAUGAGUGCUAUGUGA